GCGAGCCUUUGUUACGUGACGUCACGCCGACCCACCGAGAGCGCGCACGGUUGAUGAGCGCGCGGAAACGGACCAUGGCUGAAAGGGGAACAGACAGUGACGUGGGUGUAUCAGACCCCCCAAAACAAGCUCCUAAACGCCGACGCAUCCUCGACGCCUCCUCCUUCACAACAGUACCUGUUUAUUCCAACAAGGUUAACAGCUCUUUGAAUCUGAAGCCAAUAACCUUCAAACACACCAGUCUCACAGAUGAGGAAAAGGGUGGUCCUCUGUGGUCUCCGUCCCCACCUCGCGCAGAGAAACGGCCAAUCAGCAUUGAUCUGAGUGGCUCUGAGGACGAGCCAGAACAGACUGAAGCUCAGGAAAUCCUUCAUUCCCCCUCUCCACCCCCUCCACCUUGUAGUCCACCAGUGAAACGGAGCAGACGGGCAAACCAAAAAAUACAAGAAAUCAACAGGAAAUUUGAUGCGAUUGGCUCUCUGGUGUGUCUCUCACCGGAGCCUCUGGAGCCUGUGGUUGAAAACCGAAACUCUCCGUCUCCUGUGAAGGACUAUGAUGACGACGAUGACAUCAUCAUCGUUUCUUCUGACAGCAAAAAGAAAAGACGUCCACUAAAUACUGAGGAAAGAGGCUCUGUACGAGAAAUUUCACUAAAAUUUCGCUGUCGAACAGAGUUGUACAAAAUCCCAAUACUGUCUACUGCUCCUUUGAGUAAAGCUGUGGAGCAGCUGGCCAACAAACUCAAUGUCCGAGCCAGCCAAAUUCUGUUAUUAAACAAAGAUAUCGAUCUCCCUGUUCACUCGUCCAUCAGUGAGCUGGGUCUCGGCAUAGCUGACAUUAUAGAUUGUGUUGUAACAGAGAAUAAACAAGAAGAGAGUGACAAAAGUAAUGUCAUUACUGUGCGACUGCAAGGCAAAGAGAAAGCAUCGGCGCAGGAGUUUUCCCUCCAAAAGAAUGCUACUCUAGGGUCCAUCCUGUCUCAGUAUGUCUCUGGUUUGAGCGCCAGUGCUAGACGGAAAGCCAGAUUUCUCUUUGAUGGGUCAAGGGUCACACACAGUCAGACUCCAGCUGACCUAGACAUGGAGGACGGUGACGUCAUUGAAGUCUGGGCCUAAGCGCCCACUACUAUUGAUGUCGUUGGGAGUUCUGUACUUUUUGAAACCAUAUUCUGGAUGCAUUGUAACAUGUAAAAUUGUACAGUUUUUGUGGUUCGCAAGGAUGAAGAAAAAGAUUUGUAGAGGUCAGACUUCUGUUUAGACUUCCUUAUCACUUAAAACAUGACCACAGAAUUAAUUUAAGAUUUCAUGAACAAUACACAUUUGACUUGUGUUUGAGGACGUGCAAAAACAAUAUAAAUGCAGUUUUACAUUGCGUAUAUACACCAGAUUUAUUAAAGAAUAGAUUUUUUUUUAAUAAAAAGAAUUUAUUUAAUUGAAAGGAUUAUAAUAAAAUGUCAAAUUUA